GCCAUUUUGUUUUGGCGCGAAGCGAGGCAGGCGUGAGCUGGCCCAUGGCUCCCCGGCGCUCUCCCCGUGCCUCGGGCUCCUCCUCGGGCUCCUCCUCCGGCCGCGCUCCGGGCUCGGCCCCGCGGGGCAGCGGCUCCCCCGGCUCCCCCCGCAGCCCGGAAUUCCCGGACGGUUCCGACUCCGGCAGCGACUUCGCGGCCUCCCCGCGGCCCCGGAGCAAGCGGGGCCCGGCCCGAGCAGCCCCCGGGAGCCGCGCCCCGAAGCGCUCCCGGCCGUCCCGCGGCGCUGGGCGGGGCCCGGAGCAGAACUCGCUGUUCGAGGCCGUGUUUUCGGGAAAAGCGGCCACGGAGACGCUGGUGGACGAGUGGCUGGAGCGGUACCGGCGGGACAGGGAGGGCGCCUUCCUGGAGCUGCUCAACUUCACCGUGCGCUCGUGCGGCUGCAGGGGCGUGGUGACCCCGGAGAUGUUCCGGGAGCUGCAGAAUUCCGAGAUCAUCCGGAGGCUCACCGAGACCUUCCAGGAGGAUUCCCCAGACUAUCCAUUAUCCAUGAACACCCCCGAGUGGCGCCGGUUCCGUGUGGGUUUCUGUGAGCUCCUGGCCGUGCUGGUUCUGCGGGCGCAGCACCGGGAGCUCCACGACGGUUUCCUCGUGGGCUCCCUGCUCUCGUUCCUCACCGGCCUGGCCGACUCGCAGGUGCGGCCCUUCCGCCACACCGGCACCCUGGCAGCGCUGAAGCUGAUGAGCUCGCUGGUGGAGGUGGCGCUGGCGCUGGGGCAGCAGCAGCAGCACUGCCAGCGCCAGCUCGGGGCAGAGAAGGGCAAAGAGCCCGGCAGGAGGGGCAGCGAGCGCCUGGAGGGGCUCAGGGACCGGCAGCUGCAG